UGAAUCAGUUGAUUUGCUUAUCUUCUUCGCGAGAUUACGAAAUAUUGGUGUAAAAGAUUCAGUGGGAUCUGUGAUCUAUGCAAGUGCAACACUAGUUGAGGUUCAUUGGAACAUGCGGCUACAUACACCAGUUGACACGUGAGAUAUAUUUUAAUGACAAUAUUUAAUUUUUUUUUUUUUUUUCUUGCAACUUGGUACCAGGUUUUAUGUGGUGCGAUACUAGCUGAGGUUCAUUUGGAGCAUGUAGCUACAUACAUACACCAGUUGAUAUUUGAUGUAUACUUUCUUAAUGACAAUAUUUGACUUCUUUUUUCUUGUAACAUGGCAUUGAGGCCAUCUAGAAACGAAUACACAGCUAAUGUUCUGUAUUAAUUGUAUUUUUCAAUUUGUUAAUGAAAUAUUUUAAUUUUAACUCUCAUUCAAUUACAAUUUAUAACAACUCACUUAUGGUACGAUUUAACCAAAUCUACACACCUUAGUGUAAUAUAUUAGUGUUUCUACACAAUGAUGGAUAUAAUCCAACUAGGUAGACUAAUGGGAGGAGGACAUUAAAAAGAAGGCUUAUUAUUUGAAAUGCUCUCUGAAACUAUCAUUUAAUCCAAAUUUACCCUUUGAAAUUGGUUUUGUCUCAUCUUACCUCUUGAAACUAACAUUUUCAACUGUUUUGGCCUUACUUUACUUGUUAUACAUCUAUUUACCUUUAGCCUACACACUAAACCAAUCUCAAUUCCAUUUUUGACAACUCUAAUUCAAGUUAAGGCAUUUUUUUUAUUUUUUAUUUUUUGAACAAACGAUAUUAUCUACAUUAAAGAGGUGGGUUUAGUCUCGCCAUGAGCUAACAAUAAUGUUGUUCGAAUUCGUUUUUGGCAAAAAUGAAACAUAAGAUCUCUUACUAAGUGGCAAGAUAAAUUAUUCAAUCAAUAAGAAAUUCCGCACCGUGCCCUCUCGAGCAAGCAAGCAAGAAGAACCAGAUUAACCUGCCUAUACUUGGCAGGUCUAUUUCAAAAUCCAAACCCCAAUGUGUUGGUAAAUUAGACAAACACCACCAUCCCACAUGCCGCAACGUGCAUCAUAACCUUAUUUAUCUAAGCCCUUCACUGCCUCCACCUCCCUCAAAUCUAAACCCUUUUAAAUUCCAAGGGAAGAGAAAGAAAUUCGUCAAACACUUUCCUCCACCACCACCAUACAUCCAUGGCUUCUAAGGACAACCGCCUUCCGUACCACCCAACCGCCAAGCCCUCCAAACCCUCUCUAUUCCUUUGGAAAAAACCCAACGUCUACACCUUACCCGUCGUCCUCUUCCUCUGCCUCUGCUCGUACUUUUUCGGCCUCUGGCAACACGGCGGCCCCACCGCGGUCAUCAAAACCGCCUCCACGCCAACCUUCAAACUCCCAUGCAAAUCCCCCAACGAAAUCCACACCACAACCACAACAACCACCGCGUCAGCCUUAGAUUUCACCUCCCACCACAGCCCCAACUUCAGCACCGCCACGUCCUCCCACGCUACCACCACCAACGUGUUCCCGCGCUGCGAUGCGAAAUACAGCGAGUACACGCCAUGCGAGGACGACAAGAGGUCGCUGAAGUUUGACCGUGACAGGCUCAUAUACAGAGAGAGGCACUGCCCCGAGACGAGCGAGCUCCUUAAGUGCCGCAUCCCAGCACCGCACGGCUACAAAAACGUGUUUCCGUGGCCGAGAAGCCGGGAUCUGGCUUGGUACGCCAAUGCGCCGCACAAGGAGUUGACGGUGGAGAAGGCCGUGCAGAAUUGGAUCAUAUACGAAGGAGAUAGGUUUAGGUUCCCUGGGGGAGGCACCAUGUUCCCUAACGGUGCGGACGCGUACAUUGAUGAUAUUGGCAAAUUCAUCAAUCUCAAAGAUGGCUCGAUUCGGACCGCCAUUGAUACAGGCUGUGGGGUAGCAAGUUGGGGAGCGUACCUGUUGUCCCGCGACAUCCUCGCCAUGUCGUUCGCGCCGAGGGACACGCACGUGUCGCAGGUCCAAUUUGCUCUCGAGCGCGGAGUGCCAGCCCUCAUCGGAGUCAUUGCGUCGAAAAGACUUCCUUACCCUUCUCGAGCCUUUGACAUGGCCCAUUGCUCUCGCUGCCUCAUUCCCUGGGGCCAACACGAUGGGGUUUACUUAACAGAGGUGGACAGAGUUCUGCGACCGGGUGGGUACUGGAUUCUAUCGGGGCCGCCGAUCCGUUGGGCAAAAUAUUGGAAGGGUUGGGAAAGAACCAAAGAGGAUUUGAAUGAAGAGCAGACUUCCAUUGAGAAUGUAGCCAAGAGCCUCUGCUGGAAAAAGUUGGCGGAGAAGGACGACAUUGCCAUUUGGCAAAAACCCACCAACCAUUUGAGUUGCCAAAACAACCGCAAGUUCGGCAAGGCUCGCAAUUUCUGCCCCGCUAAUGAUCCUGAUACCGCUUGGUACACAAAGUUGGAGACUUGUUUAACCCCAUUGCCAGAAGUUUCAGACAACGAAGAAGUUGCAGGAGGGAAGUUGGCAAACUGGCCACAUAGGCUCAAUGCAAUCCCACCAAGGAUUAGCAAGGGAACUGUGAAAGGUGUGACGGCUGACGUUUUUAAGCAAGAUUCGGAGCUGUGGAAGAAGAGAGUUUCGUACUAUAAAUCGGUGAAUAAUCAGCUCGGAAACCCUGGAAGGUAUAGAAAUAUUUUGGACAUGAAUGCACAGUUGGGUGGAUUUGCUGCUGCCCUAGUUGAUCUCCCUGUCUGGGUCAUGAAUGUGGUUCCGGUGGAGGUUAAGUCUAACACCCUUGGAGUCAUCUACGAACGAGGAUUGAUCGGAACAUAUCAGAAUUGGUGUGAAGCAAUGUCUACAUAUCCAAGAACUUAUGACUUCCUUCAUGCUGAUUCAGUGUUUAGCCUCUACAAAGAUAGAUGCGAAGCGGAAGACAUUUUGCUGGAGAUGGACAGAAUUCUGAGGCCGGAGGGGAGCGUGGUCAUCCGAGACGAUGUUGAUGUGCUGGUGAAGAUCAAGAGCAUCAUCGACGGAAUGGAAUGGGACAGCCAGAUUGUAGACCACGAAGACGGUCCUCUCGAGAGGGAAAAACUGCUGUUUGCCGUGAAAAAGUAUUGGACAGCUCCUGCUGCAGCUGAAGAUAAACCUUCCUCCUAGCAAUGGCGUUUUGUUUAGCUUUGUUUUGUACUUAAACAUUCAUGAUUCUUUUUGUGAAGCAUUUGCUCCUCCGGCUGAUAGCAGCUGGUUUUUCAUUUAAUGAAAGGUUUCUAUCCAAAUCUCAA